AUGGAAGAUGUGUCCCCCGCUGCUACGACGCACUAUAGGCCAAAAACAUCGGGGGACCAGCUGCUCUCCGAACAGGCGCUGCUGCGGGUGAAGUCCCGCCGGUGCCGCCGAGGAGAGGACGCGGCCCCGGAUGCAGCGGGACGGCCGCCGGCGGGGAGCUGGGGGCUCGACUGGGAGAAGUUGCUCCCUUCCCUCUCGGCCUCUCUCGAGGACAUCUUCACCCACUGGGAAAAAACUCCCUCAAAUUCCAGGAGAAGAAAGGUGAGUGAUGAGGAGGCAGCCAUCCCAGAAAAGAUCAGAGUUCCUGAUCCCGUGAGCAGUUCUGAGAGCUCAGAGAAAGAAGAGGAUGAGAAAGAGAAGGCAAAAGCUGCAAAUGCAGCCAGCGUUUCCCUGGCCACAAACUCAGGGGUGAAUGUAGAAAGCAGUGAAGAUGAUGACUCCUCAUCAGAAGAGGACACACCAGCUGGAAAAGGUGCAGUUACGGUGACACCAGCUGUGGUGAGCGGCAAAGCUGCCAACUCCCUGCAUUCUCCUAACAAACCCACUGCCCCAGCGGACAAAGCGGUGACGCUCUCUGCUGCAAACAGAACUGUGGUUUCAAAUAAGCAGCAGCCCAGUGCACCAGCUGCAUCUGCAGCUCCAGCCAAGGCUGGGCAGAAAGUGCCCAGUCCUGGAAAGCCCGGACCUGCCGCGACAGCUGUGCCCAAAGUAGGUCAAAGCAAAGCACCAGUAACGACCAAAGUACCGGAAAGCUCCAGCAGCAGCUCCUCAUCAGAGAGUGAGGAGGAAAAAGAGACGCCGACUGCGAAAACCACAGCCCCCCAAGUGGAGACAAAGCAGGCAGCUGGGGCUUCUGAGAGCAGCAGUGAGGAAUCAAGUGAUGAGACAUCCUCUGAGGAGGAGGAGGAGCUUGCAACUCCAGUGGUCCAGGCAAAACCAGCUGUGAAAACAGUGCAGGUUAAUGCAGCACCUGUGAAAAGUGCACCUGCUGCUACAGUGUCCCUCAAGAAGAAUGCAGUGAGGCAAACAGCACUGCCACCAAACCAGGCCAAACCCCCAUCCACAACAGUUCCUGGGGCUGCAAAGCCUGAUGACACCUCAGAGAGCAGCGACUCAUCAGACAGCGAAGAUGAGGAGACUCCAUCAGUAACCCAGACAAAGGCACCACCAAAAUCCUCCCAGGCCGUCCCAUGCACAGUGAAACCUCCACCAGCAGCAUCACUGUCUGGCAGAGCAGCUUCAGGAAAAACACUUCCACUGCCCCAGGGGAAGCCAGCACCAAAAUCAGCAGUGCCAAAGCAGGCCAAAAGCACACUGGGAAGGACUGCUGCUCCCACGAAGCCUGCUGAAAGUGCAAAGCCAGUGGAGAGCUCUGACUCCUCAGGCAGUGAAGAGGAGGAUCUCCCUGUGCCUAUCAGCCAGAAGAGAUUAACAGAACAGCCUGGGCCUGUUUCCAACCUGAGCCAAGCUGCUAAAGCUGGGCCGCCUCAAAAAGCAGUGGGAAGCACCUUGAAAAGCCAGGCUUCAGAAAGUGGGAGCAGUGACUCGUCUGACAGUGAAGAGGAGUCCCCUGCGGCACAGACACAGCCUUCACAAGCUGUAAAAACCAAUACUGUGCCCCAGCCAAUAAAUGUGAAGAAGGCUCCAGGUCCAGCACCAGCCCCUCCAGAUGUGGACAGCAGUGAUGAUUCCAGUGAGGAGUCUGAUUCUGAGGAGGAAAUAGUCCCCCCUUCUCAGAGUCUGUCCCAGCAGAAUGUCAAAGCAACCAAGGUUUUGAGUGCAGGGGCUGCCAAGGCUAAUGCCACACAGCCUUUGGGGAGGGGGAUAAAAGCGCCUGCUGUCCCUCCAGUUAGCAGAGUGUCUGAUUGCUCAGGCAGCCAGUCCUCGGAGCAUGACGUGCUGGCGGGAGAGGCUCCCACUGCUCCUUGCCUAAAGCAAACGGUUCCUGUGGGAAAAGCUCCUCCAACCAACACUGCUGCCCCACCAGCUGCUUCGGUCCUGGUGAAUCCCUCUGCCAAGUUGAAGAAGCCAGACCUGCAGCCAGCGCAGGACACCCGGCUGAGCCAGGCUGCCCCGCCCGCCCCGGCAGCGAAGGACUCGGACAGUAGCAUCUCCUCGGACAGCAGCGAGGAGGAGGCACCCAAGCAGCCCCCCAAACCUGGCUUGGUGCAGAAACCAGGAGGGACCCAGCCAGCCCACAGCUCCUCCUCAGAGUCCAGUGAGGAGGAGGCAGCAUCACAGUCUCUCCUCACAGGCUAUCCGGGCAUCUCCAAGACUCCAGCAGCACCCCAGGCACCAAAGACGGUUCCCCCCAAGCCUGUAGGCAAAGCAGGGCAAGGAAAGGCAGCCACCACUGCUGCAAACUCCCUCGCCAAGGCCUCUGUGAAAGCAGCCCCAGCCAACAGCGACAGCAGCGACAGCAGCGACUCCGACACAGACGUCGACCAGGUGGCUGCAAACCGCAAAGCAGAAAACAACCCUCCUCCAAGGCAGGAAACCACAGGAGACUCCAACAAAGAGAAGGUGACAGGAAAAAUGGAGCCAGGUCAUGCCAGCCUCAAGCCUUCCCCAGUCAAGAAAGCCCUGGCCGUGAAAGAGAAUGAUGUUGGGGCAAAAGGGGUGCAAGUGACCCCAGCGUCCAUCCCCCAGUCAGAGGGGUCAAGCUCGGGGAGCGACACCGAGGUCACUGCUGCCAAAGUUCCUGCAGUGCAAACAUUAGAAGGGUUGGAAGUGAAGAAGAAGAAUAAAAAGGAGAAAAAAGAAAAGAAGGAAAAGAAGAAAGCUUCCUCCACAGCAGACAAAGCUGCAAAAACAUCUAAGAGCAAAGACAAAGAGAACAAAAAACAGAAAACAUCUCAGAAGCGGAAACUUCCAGGAGAGGAUGUGUCUGUUGGGCAGCCCAAGGAGAAGAAGUGGAAAGGGCAGGCUAAUGAAGAUGUACCCAAAAAGAAAAAGAAGAAAGCAGCUGGUGACCUGGAGAAGCUGCCAGGCAGCAAGGAAAAGAAAAAAUCAACUAAAAAAAAAAAGACUGAAAAAGAAAAGAAGAAGAGCAAAAAGGUUUCUUCAGAAGGGGACCCUGUAGCAGCAGAUGGCUCUGCUGAGGUUCACAAGAAGAAAAAGAAGAAGAAGAAAACAGCUAAGCCUGAAGGAUUGUGAGAAGGUACAUGGCCUGUGGGGACUAUCAGUUGGUACCUCUGAACGGCGGUAACCUUGACCAAAUUCAGUACUCCUGGGCUGGUCUUGAGAAGACAAUGUGCCCUCUAAAUGGUCCCUGAGUCAGCCUGGCCUUAGAUUAGAGGGCCAGGGAGUGGAACGGUGUAAGGAAAGCUACGCAGCAGCGUGCUGGCUUCUCUGGAUGUGUUUGACCUCAACUCUUUAGCUGCUGAGAACUGGAUGUCCAGCCUGGAUGUUGCUGUCCUCUGUCAUCAGCAGAGAUAAGCGGCCUGUGUCUGUCUGUCGCUGCUGACCACAGGGAGCUCGGAGAAGUAGUGUGGAGUCGAUGGUGAUGUUGUAGCCACCUGGAAGUGGACCAGAUGACUCUGCUCUUGCUCUGCUCAGCUGUAAGGCUGUUCUCCUCCUCCCCAUCCCUAACUUUUUUAACUCCUCUCCCCAAAGGUACCGCAUCUCUGUGAUUAAGGAUUUAUGGUGAAGAUCAAACAGAAGAGAGAAAAAGAAAGCUCAUCAGGAGAAUUCCAACCUUUUUAAAAAAAUAAUAAUUUAUAACUUCUUUUAACUGUGACUUUUAGAGCAGAGCAGUGUAACCUUCUGCCUCCUCGUGCCCAGCUGGGGCCCAGAGACAUGUUUAUUGCCCCUCCCGACGGUUUGCCUCUUGCACAAGAACUGAACUGAAGGAGGCAGUUUGACCAGAGAAGAGCCAGCUUACCUAAACUGCUUUCCUCCUAGUUGACACUCAGCCAUCCUUCUCUUUCUCAUCACAGAGCUAUAUUUUUAAGAGAAACUUUUACUUUUUUUUUUUCCUUUCCUCUUCUGUGAUUUGUGGUGUCAGUCCUUUUGCUACUAUGGAAGAGAGCUCUUGGGUUUACUUUUUAUUCUAACACUGAUGGAAGUAAUUACCAUGUCCCUCGAGUUGCACUGAACAGCUGUGUCCAGCAGCUGUUCUCAGCCAAGGUGGUGUAAUUUUUUGUGGAUUUUUUUUAUGGAAUACAAAAUUAAAACAGAAUAGUGAGACUUUGCUUCAGCUGCUUUCAAGGGAAGGGAGGUGACCAAGGCCAGGCGAGGGAGGCAGGGCAGGCGCUGGGGCUGAGCCUGGGGCAGGGCUCAGCUGUCUCAGGAGGAUGUUGCAGGUAGGAGAGCAGAGCCCAGGGUCUGCCCAGGUUCACAAGCACUGCUUCAACCCCUGGGGAAAAAUUAAUUGCUUUCUGCCUGCUCCCUGAGGACAAGCAUAUGCUGUUGCUCCUCAGCUUUCAACCAUGUGUUGUUCUAGCAUUAGUUUGGGUUUUUUUUGUCAUUACUAAAGUGCUGUGUAGGGGCAGGUGCUGAGAGCAGGUUUGUGCAUCCCCCUGCACAGACCCAGCCUGCUGCCUCCCUGGCAGCUGCUACCCUGUGCCUUGUACUGGGCUUGUGCGUGGUUUCCUCGCUUCACUCCCAGCCCUGGCAUUUAGGUGAGGGGGGGGGAAAAAGGGACUGGAUCCCCUUGCCCUCCUCCCUCCCUCCUGUGCUGUGCAGCCUGGCUCCAGGCUCUGCUGGCAAGGGCAGAGCUCUCCAGCUGCGACCCGGACACAGGAGGGAGAUGGCUCCCGGUGCAGGGGGCUGCUCUCCUCCUUUCCCCCCACGCUGUGACUCUUAAAGGUGACUUCAGCCUCCUGGGCUGUGCUGGGGUACAGGGGGACCCCAGGGCGCUGGGGACAUUGACCAAAGGGUGGACCAGGAAUGGGUCAUGGAUUAUGUAUGAUCCUGGGGUGGGGGGCAUGGAUGUCCAAGUGUCUUUGCAGAGAUUUUCUUUCUUCUUCCUCUUUUUCUUAAGAUUCAUUUAUUUUUAACCUAGGAAAGCUGCGAACUGCAAACACUACCCUGCUAGAGUUGCUUAUCAGACUUUUUAUUCAAAAGUUUAUUUGAAAUAAUUAGCUUAUGAGAUCAUUUAUAAAGGAACUAUCAGGUAUAUUCAGAAAAACUAGAAGCCCUUUGUGACUCCAGGGUCAGCUCCUCUGCCCACUGUUACCCACUGCUGUGGCUGCUCUCCAUCCUGAAGGCAGAAGCUGAAGGCGAACAUCUAUACAAUGCUGAGCAAUCCCACAAUAAAAACCCUCUACUGUAGCAAUCUAACAGGGCUUCAACCUAUGGGGGUCAGUUAAGAAGCUGAUGGAGGUUGUUUUGCUGCGUUUAAUGUUCAUUCAGUGUAAGAAAGCAUUAAUGGCUCGUUCUUUAGCAGGGGUGAGCUCUGCUGCUGCCUGGGUGCUGUGGGCUGCCGAUGAGCAAAAGGGAACAGGAUUUAUGGGUCUGAUGUUGUGGAAAUCACUUUCCAGCCUGCUUUACCAUCUCUCUGAGGGAAUACUUUGCCUCUAGCACUGGUCCUGGUGGCAGCUCAGCCCUGCAGCAGGGGAAGGGUCACAGUUGAUGCCCGGAGGGGCAGGGGUAUGCAGGGGUGCCUGCCGUUAAGUGCCUUGGAAAAGCAAUAUAAGAGCAGAAAUGCAAUAGAGCAAAA